AGAAACAGCUACAGCAGGGAGACCAUACAUUGUUUCACGUAAAGUGCUGUGCAACCAUGACUGAUAAAAAUAUGAUUUUACAGAACUAUACAAAUUCAGAGGAUGUUGUACUGGGUCCAUAUGUUCAGAUGUACCCAGAAAGUCAUGGACCAAACCAGGUCUUGAAUAUAAAAGUUGAGGAAGACUCAGAUCCGCAAGAGGAAGUGGAUCCUGUGCCAAUAACAUUUCAGGAAACAAAGGUUAAAUGUGAGGCUAAUCUAAAGACACAUCAGGGCAUACAUAGCGAAGAGCGGCCAUUUUGCUGCGACACGUGUAAUAAGUCAUUCAGUGACCAAAGAUUUCUGGAAAAUCAUCAGCACAUACAUACUGGGGAACCAUUCCGCUGCAAUGUGUGUAAUAAGCCAUUCAGCAAGAAAAAAAGUCUGAAUGAUCAUCAGUAUAUACAUACUGGUUGGCCAUUCUACUGCAACAUGUGUAAUAGGCCAUUUGGUAAGGAAAAACGUCUGAAGAAACAUCAGCGUAUGCAUAGUGGGGAGCGUCUUUUUCACUGCAAAAUGUGUAAUAAGUCAUUCAAUGAUCAAAGCAGUCUGGAGAUUCAUCAGCACAUACAUAGGGGGCAGCCAUUCCGCUGCAGUGUGUGUAAUAAGUCAUUCAUUGAGCAAAGCCGCCUGGAGAACCAUCAGCUCAUACAUAGGGUGCAGCCAUUCCGCUGCAAUAUGUGUAAUAAGUCAUUCAAAAAGAAAAGAAGUCUGAAUGAUCAUCAGUAUAUACACAAUGGUUUGCAAUUCUGCUGCAGCGUGUGUAACAGGUCAUUCGGUAAGGAAGGACGUCUGAAGGAACAUCAGCGUGUGCAUAGUGGGGAGCAUCUUUUUUGCUGCAAAAUGUGUAACAAGUCAUUCAGUGAGCAAAGGCGUCUGGAAGAUCAUCACCUGGCACAUAUUUCAGAGCCAUUCCGCUGCUAUGUGUGUAAUGAGUCAUUCAAUAAGAAAGAACUUCUGAACGCUCAUCAGCGCGCACAUACUGGGGAGCCAUUGUCCUGCAGCAUGCGUAAUAAGCAGGGCCAGGAUUUUGAUGACCUAAAAAUAUUUAAAUGUGACCCAUGAAAUGCCUGAAAAAUACAGAAGAAUUACUUAAAAUUAAAAAAAAAAGUCUUAAAAAUAUGUCAUGGAAGAUCCACUAAUUUUUUUAAAAUGUAUUUAAGUUGUCUCAUUCAGAGUUGCACUUUUCAUUUUUCUUGACAUGAUUUUAACAGUAUUCCCUGACACUUUCUCCAAAUAAUUGGCUACUUUUUUCACCAGAUCGAGCAAAUCAAUUAGCAUUGCUCUUUUCUCCUGCAAGCAUUUGAUUUCUUCUGUCAAGGAAUUGAAAUUUGCCGUUAUGGAAGCCAGCUGUCCUUCCAUUUCACUGCACGAGAACUGCUCCUGAGCAGCUUCAGUUGCCCUCGCAUCCUCCGUCUUCAUUGAAUCUACAGUGUUUUUCACUACCUGAAAUUGUUCACAAUAGUUCAGUCCACUUUUCCCAUCUUGUGAUGAUGGGUUGCAGGGACAGUGGAACACCAGGAACCAUAGGCUUAAACUCCCAUCUUACGAACUGGAGCCUUGAUGAAAAUCUUCAUCCUCGAUACAAGAGCAUCCACUUGAAAAAAUUUGAUCUCACUUCCUCCGUCACUCUAUGCAGUGCAUGAGCUAGGCAAGUAUCAUGCACCAAUUUUGUAUGAAAUGACUUUAUUGACUUGUCUGCUUUUAAAAUAUAUGGGGCAGCAUCAGUCACGAAAAGCAAGAUGUCAUCGUGUCUGUCCACAGUAGAAACAUGAACCUAUAUAAGAGUUCACAAAUUUUGUACUAAUUAACGAAUUCGAGGACCUCACUCUACAUACUUCACCUGGUCCAUCAGUUUCCAAGGUUCCAGUGAUGAUAUUUGCCACGUAGCAAGUCUUCAUAUUGCAGGUCUCAUAAAUGAAAAUGAAAAUCUUCCCAUGCACUUUAUUCCUGAUGAUUUCCAGGAUAUUGUUGUAGCACUUGGAAAGGUAGUUUUUUUUUCUAAGGGUGGAUUCAUCCUGGUUGGAAUGACCACAAAUCACUUCCAGAGAUUGUUUCAGUUUUUCAUUUGUUCACAGCCCCAAAUGAAAUAUUUGUGGACACCAGAGCAUCACACAGAUUUCUGAAAAAGAAAUCCAGUGACUUAUUCCCACCUCCAGACAAAGACUCUUUGUUGCAUUAGCAUUUGCACAGAUUUCUUUUUGUUUGAAAUUUGCACAGCUCGUAUAUGCUUGUCGCAGCCAAUAUGUUUUACCAUGAAUAUUUUUUCUACUGCUAGUUUUGUGUCGCACAUCUUACCAUAUAAAAUGUUAUUGUCACUUGGAACAUAUAUCAUCUCCAAACUCAACUACAGUCUACAUAACUAUGUUAAGUGAAUCGAGAGAGAUUCCAGCGAAAAAUAUUUGUAACUAAGCAAAUUUCUUUUUCUCAGAACUUGAAAAGAGUGUGAGUGACUGUUAUCAUAUCCUGCUGCCAUCUUAAUAUGAUUUAUGAUAUACAUUGUCAAUACUUUCCCCAUUACAACGUAUUAUUGUAUACUGUGGUAGCACCUGCUUCUUGGGCUGCAGCUGCAUGCUGCCUUUGUAGAGAGCUCUUAUAAUAAAGGCAGAACACUUCUAUAUUAUUCACAUUUCAGAAAACAUAUGAAUAAAACUUCCC